CUCUCACACACAUUCAUCACUACCUCUAGCUAAUUACCCAAAAAUGGCUCUGUCAUCUUCUUCUAAACUACUAAUUCUUCUUGUUGCCUUUGCCACAUUCAUGUUCUCUUCCUCGUCAGCAGCCUCUCCUAGUCGUGAUUUUUCGAUCGUUGGUUUCUCUCCGGAAGACUUGACAUCCAUUGAUAGGCUCAUUGAGCUAUUCGAGUCAUGGAUAGACAAGUACGAGAAGGCUUAUGAGAGUUUGGAGGAGAAGCUGAAAAGAUUUGAGAUUUUCAAGGAUAAUUUGAAGCACAUUGAGGAGACUAACAAGAAGGUGAGCAACUACUGGCUUGGAUUGAAUGAAUAUGCUGAUUUGAGCCACCAAGAGUUCAAAAACAAGUUCCUGGGAUUGAAGAUCAACGACGAAAACAUAUCAAGAGAUGGAGAUGAUGGUGAUGAGGAUGAGGAUUUUGAGUACAGAGAUUUUGUGGAGUUGCCAAAGUCAGUGGAUUGGAGAAAGAAAGGAGCCGUUACUCCAGUGAAGAACCAAGGUUCAUGUGGUAGUUGUUGGGCGUUUUCGACGGUGGCGGCAGUGGAAGGUAUAAACCAGAUUGUUAACAAAAAUUUGACUUCAUUGUCGGAGCAAGAGCUAAUAGAUUGUGACACAAGUUACAACAAUGGUUGCAAUGGAGGCCUUAUGGAUUAUGCAUUUGCUUACAUAAUCUCUAAUGGUGGACUUCACAAAGAAGAGGACUACCCAUAUAUCAUGGAAGAGGGCACUUGCGCAAUGAAAAAGGACCAAUCGGAUGUUGUAACCAUCGACAGCUACCGGGACAUACCUCGGAACAGUGAAGUGAACCUCUUGAAGGCGUUGGCAAAUCAGCCUCUUAGCGUCGCUAUCGAGGCUUCCGGCAGAGACUUUCAAUUUUACAGUGGUGGUGUUUUUGAUGGACACUGUGGAACCCAGUUAGAUCAUGGGGUUGCAGCCGUUGGAUACGGAUCAGACAAGGGCUUGGAUUACAUCAUUGUUAAAAAUUCUUGGGGGCCAAAGUGGGGAGAGAAAGGGUACAUAAGGAUGAAGAGGAACACUGGCAAGCCUGAAGGAAUCUGUGGAAUCUACAAAAUGGCCUCUUAUCCUAUUAAGAAGAACAAGUGACAUAUACUUAUAUGUUAUUGCAUGCAUAUUUUCAUCCUGCAAUUCAGAGUUAUACUGGUCUUCUCUUGUUGUUUACAUUAAUUGUGUUUUCGGAUAACAUUGUGAAAUAAUUGGGGGGACUUUGAUCAUUUGUGUAUUUCUUCCUUCUUCGAAUUUUUCUUUACUAAUUAAUUUAAUAAUUUUGCAAGGGGAUUGAUGUCAUGCAAGUGUGUGUUAUAUGUUGAUUGUUGAGAAAUGCACGUGUAAUUAACAAAAACAUUGAUAAGUUGCUUUAUAUACAAAAAUUAAGAGGCA